AUGGUACCAUUCCCGCGUCUCCACUUCUUCAUGCCGGGAUUUGCACCUUUGACUUCUAGAGGAAGUCAACAAUACAGGGCACUCACUGUCCCGGAACUAACGCAGCAGAUUUUCGAUGCUAAAAACAUGAUGGCUGCUUGUGAUCCGAGGCAUGGUCGUUAUUUGACAGUUAGCGCUAUAUUCCGUGGCCGAAUGUCGAUGAAAGAGGUCGAUGAGCAAAUGAUGAAUGUGCAGAACAAGAACAGCAGUUAUUUCGUUGAGUGGAUCCCAAACAAUGUGAAAACAGCUGUGUGCGACAUUCCACCACGCGGACUCAAAAUGUCGGCCACAUUCAUUGGCAAUACAACAGCCAUUCAAGAACUUUUUAAACGUGUCUCGGAACAAUUUACAGGUGAGUCUAUCUAUCUAUCUAUCUAUCUAUCUAUCUAUCUAUCUAUCUAUCUAUCUAUCUGUGUUGUUUUUUUAAUUGUAUGUACCAUUAAGUUAUUUAUCAAAGAAUCUUCUUGGUCGCUACAAUGA